AAUGAAGGGGAAUUCGCUCGACUAAAGUACUUGUUGAUUCAUGAGUGUGAGUUGGAGAUUUGGGAAUCAGACAAUACACAUUUCCCAUGUCUUGAGCAAAUACAUCUCGGAAUCGUGAGACUGAAUGAGUUCCCUUCAGAUUUUGCUGAAAUAUUACCGCUUCAAGUGAUCGACUUACACCGCUGUGAAAAUUCCCUUUUGACAUCGGCAAAGGAAGUAUCAAAGCAACGAGAGAACCUAGGAUACGAUGCUCUUCAAAUUCGAGCUUUAAUGCCUGGACUGCUCAGAAUUUCUGUGCAAAGAGGUAUCAAUCUUGCUGCUCGCAAUCACCCCAAGAGAAGUCCUUAUGCUGCUGUCAGAAUAUCCAAACAGGUUCUGAAGACUCGUGUUGUAAGAAAGACUGUUAAUCCCGAAUGGCGUGACGAUUUGACAGUUGCUGUUUUAGAUCCUCGUCAACCAAUUUCUGUGACAGUGUACGACAGAAACAUGUUCAGUGUGGAUGAGAAGAUGGGAGACGCAGAGUUUGAUGUUAGACCAAAUGCCCUACCAAACGGUACAAUAAGCACAAGAAUAUCGCCUUCAAGCUCUAAUUGCCUGUCCGAAGAGAUGACAAUCUAA